GGGCAUGACCGGCUUCGGGGGGAUGGGGAGCUACCACGCUGCGAACGGGGCGGGGCCGCCAACCAUUGCAGACCACCUGCUCCUCCAAAACUUGCAACAGCAAAACAACCCAGCAUACCACCAGCCCAGCAGCCCAGCCAUACCUGUUCAACAACCACAGUUCCCUGCCGGAGGACCAGCGCCUCCGCUUUUCGGCCUCCCGGUGCAACAAACGCUCUUCGGGUGCCCGCAGCAACACCAUGCUCUCCCAGCGCAACAAACGUUCACCGCGGAGGAAGUCCAGCGACUCCUCGCGGCGCAGCAGCAACAACUCCAGCCAAUGAGACCAAGCGCGCCCAUGCCUGUCAACAUAGGCGGGCCCAUGUCACAGCUUGCACAGUCAGGCGCCGACGCUUUGGGGGGUGCUGGAGGUGUUGUCCCCGCCCUCCAGCAAAACCACAAAGACAUCUGCCAGCUCCUGGGCCAGCUGCAGGGCAGGGAGAUAGCAGUGCCGCUGAUCACCAGGAACGCGCUGACCGGGGAGGGGACUGACGUUGAACACCUGUUGACAUUGUCGGAGCAGCUGCGGGAAGUCCGCAAGGCAGUAGAAGAUCUUGCCAAGGCACGCGACGAAGCCGCACAGAACAGCACUGACACGUGCCUGCGGCAAGUUGUGCAGCAGAGCCACCCACAGUGCCCGGACGAACACCAGCAGCAGCAGCAGCGCCAGCAAGCUGCUGUACGAGCGUCCACGAUCCCGACUUGUGCCCAACACCUGCCUACGCAGACGCAGCCGGCGAAAGCGCAAACAGGCGCGGAGGCACUUGCACCACAGCGGCCGGUCGUAGAACAGCAGAACCCCACCCCCAGGCAACAUCCCGCGCUCGGACACCCCCCGCUCCCGCCGAGCCAUCUUGCGCAGCCGAUCCCGAAUUGGCCCGCCACCGUAGAGCAACGUCCCACCCAUCC